CUGUGAUGUAGAUCUGUGGGCAGUGAAUCGCCGGGUGAUUGUCGAAAACUUAGUAAAAGAUUCAUAAAUUCAAUUUUUUUUAUAUCUCUAAAACCCAAAUAUUUCUGUCUGGCAGUUCAUAAUUAAAUCACAAAAAUGGCGAGUGUGUCCUAUCAGAUUGCGAAUUUAUUGGAGAAGAUGACGUCAAGUGAUAAAGAUUUCAGGUUUAUGGCUACAAAUGACCUUAUGACGGAACUUCAGAAAGAUAGUAUUAAGUUAGAUGAUGAUUCAGAAAGAAAAGUUGUAAAAAUGCUGCUUCGUUUACUAGAAGAUAAAAAUGGAGAAGUUCAAAAUUUGGCAGUGAAGUGCUUGGGACCAUUAGUAAACAAAGUGAAAGAAUAUCAAGUGGAGACAAUAGUAGAUGCCCUGUGUGGGAACAUGGUCUCUGAUAAAGAACAACUUAGAGAUAUUUCCAGUAUAGGCCUAAAGACAGUUAUCAGUGAAUUGCCUUUGGCCUCAAGUGCACUAGCCACGAAUGUUUGUAAACGUAUAACGGGGCGUCUCAGUAGUGCCAUAGAAAAGAAGGAAGACGUGUCUGUUCAGCUGGAAGCUUUGGACAUAUUGGCUGAUCUGCUUUCAAGAUUUGGUGGCCUGUUGCUCAGUUUUCAUACAACAAUACUUACUGCAUUGAUACCACAGUUGUCGUCACCUCGCCAGGCUGUCAGAAAAAGAACAAUUGUUGCCUUGAGUCAUCUAGUGAUGUCGUGCAACCAUCAGAUCUAUGGGAAGCUUAUAAAUGUCUUGUUGGAUGGGUUAACAAGAAAUGUUAAUUCUUCUACAACACGUACAUACAUUCAGUGUAUAGCAGCAAUCUGCCGACAGGCUGGACACAGAUUUGGGGAACACAUUGAGAGAGUAGUGCCUCUCAUAGUACAGUAUAGCAAAGAAGAUGAUGAUGAAUUGAGAGAAUAUUGCUUGCAAGCCUUUGAAGCAUUUGUCCAUCGAUGUCCUAAAGAAAUAACUCCACACAUCAAUACUAUUACAGAGCUUUGUUUGAGUUAUAUUACCUACGAUCCUAAUUACAAUUAUGAUGAUGAAGCUGAGGAUGGAGAAGACAGCAUAGUAAUGGAAACAGAGGAAGAUGCAGAAGAUGAAGAAAAUGAUGAAUAUUCUGAUGAUGAUGACAUGAGUUGGAAGGUACGACGCUCUGCUGCAAAGUGUUUGGAAGCCGUCAUUGCUACAAGGCAUGAACUGUUGCCAGACUUCUAUAAAACUGUAUCACCAGCACUCAUUAACAGAUUUAAAGAACGUGAAGAAAAUGUCAAGUCAGACAUAUUCCAUGCCUAUUGUGCAUUACUACGACAAACAAGGCCCACAAUUGGAGUCAAUAUUGAUCCAGACUUAAUGGAUCAAGAGGAUGGCCCAUUAUCCAUGUUACAGUCCCAGGUUCCUUCUAUUGUUAAAGCUGUUCACAACCAAAUGAAAGAGAAGAGUAUCAAGACAAGGCAAGACUGUUUUGCAUUGCUUAAAGAGCUGGUUACAGUUCUGCCUGGAGCUCUCACAAAUCAUAUUCCUGCCAUCAUCCCUGGCAUGCAGUACUCGUUAGGGGAUAAGAACUCUAGUAGUAACAUGAAGAUAGAUACUUUGUCAUUUAUGCAUUGCCUCCUGACAACGCAUUCUCCAGAAGUAUUUCACCCUCAUAUGGCUGUUCUGGUACCUCCUGUUAUCACAGCAGUUGGAGAUACUUUCUACAAAAUAACGGCAGAAGCACUGCUUGUUCUGCAGCAACUUGUGAAAGUGAUACGUCCUUUAGAUACACCAAGCAAUUUUGACUUCACACCAUUUACCGGUGAACUUUAUAAUUGUACCUUAAUUCGACUAAAGGCAGCCGAUAUAGAUCAGGAAGUAAAGGAGCGUGCCAUUUCUUGCAUGGGCCAGAUAAUAUGCAAUUUGGGAGACUACCUUCAGGGUGAAUUGCCAACAUGUCUUCCAAUAUUUCUUGACCGGCUUCGUAAUGAAAUAACUCGCUUAACUACUGUUAAAGCACUUACUAAAGUGGCAGGAUCUCCUCUUCGUAUUGAUCUUCGCCCAAUUAUGGGUGAAGCUAUUCCUAUCCUGGGCUCUUUCCUACGCAAAAACCAAAGAGCAUUGAAACUAAGUACGUUGACUCUGCUGGAUGUUCUAGUUCGAAACUAUAGCAAUGCUUUGAAUAGCGAAUUGUUAGACAAGGUGAUUGUUGAAUUGUCUCCCUUGCUGAGUGAAGCUGACCUGCAUAUUGCUCAGCUUACUUUGACACUUCUCACUUCCAUAGCUGAACUUCAUCCAGCUGCUCUCACCAGAGUGUCUGAUGCUAUUUUACCGGAAAUCCUUACUUUAGUCAAAUCUCCACUUCUGCAAGGAGCAGCACUUAAUUCAAUGUUGGAGUUCUUUGAAGCAUUGGUGAAAGCAGAAUUACCAGGCCUUGGUUUCAGGGAUUUGCUUUCUAUGUUAGUUGCUCCUAUUACACAGUGUGGUGAAAGCACAUCACCAGUAUUGAUUUUGCACAAGCAGGCAUUCCAUUCACUUGCUAAAUGUGUGGCAGCAUUGACAGUAACAUGGCGACAAGAAGCAUUGACUGUUGUGGAACAGUUCUUGCGAAAUGUACAAAACCCACGAAAUGAUGCACAACAUAUUUUUGCCUUGUUGGUCAUAGGAGAAAUAGGCCGUCACAUUGACCUUAGUAGCAUCACUAGUUUGAAGCAAGUUAUAUUGAACUCAUUCUCGCCACCAUCUGAAGAGAUAAAAUCAGCUGCCUCAUAUGCACUUGGAAGUGUUGCUGUAGGCAACUUACCGCAGUACCUCCCAUUUGUAUUGCAGGAAAUUGAGGCUCAACCAAGAAGGCAGUAUCUCCUCCUCCACUCACUGAAAGAGAUCAUAUCAUGGCAGUCAUCUAGUCCUGGUGGUAUUCAGUUAUUGCAGCCAUUUGUACCUGCUAUAUGGCAGCAGUUGUUUCGUCACUGUGAAUGCGGAGAAGAAGGAACACGUAAUGUUGUUGCAGAGUGUUUGGGAAAACUUACACUAAUUGAUCCAGGAGUCCUCUUGCCACAGCUUCAAAAGUCGCUGGCCUCAGAAUCGGCACUUAUGCGCACCACUGUCGUUACUGCUGUAAAAUUUACCAUUUCUGAUCAGCCCCAAGCAAUUGAUCCUUUACUGAGGCAAUCCAUUGGACAAUUCCUGAGCACUCUUCAGGAUCCCGAUUUGAAUGUUCGCAGAGUUGCUCUAGUAGCAUUUAAUUCAGCUGCACACAACAAGCCUAUUCUAGUCAGAGAUCUGUUGGAUACUGUUUUACCACAGUUGUACAGUGAAACAAAAGUCCGUAAAGAACUGAUUCGAGAAGUGGAGAUGGGGCCUUUUAAACAUACUGUUGAUGAUGGACUAGACAUCAGAAAAGCAGCAUUUGAAUGCAUGUACACUCUUCUUGACUCUUGUCUUGACAGACUUGACAUUUUUGAGUUUUUAAACCAUGUGGAAAAUGGAUUGAAAGAUCAUUACGAUAUAAAAAUGCUUACUUAUUUAAUGGUUGCCCGGUUAGCGCAACUUUGUCCUACUGCAGUUCUACAAAGGUUGGAACGUUUGAUAGAGCCACUGCGGAAUACCUGCACAAUGAAAGUUAAAGCAAAUUCUGUUAAACAGGAGUAUGAGAAGCAAGAUGAACUGAAACGGUCAGCAAUGCGAGCUGUCUCUUCCUUACUUACUGUUCCUGAUGCAGAUAAAAAUCCACACCUAACAGAUUUUGUUACACAAAUUAAAGGAAAUCCUGAACUGUUGUCAAUAUUUGAAUCAAUUCAAAAGGAUUCAUCAGGUCCUGCUCAAGAAUCAAAUCUAAUGGAUCUCAGCUGAGCAUUUAACUUUGGCCUUGGUCUCCCAAUACCUACUAAACGCCUGUAGUAGGAGCCAGGCUUAUGCAGAUGUGGGAUACAGUGAACUUGGAGAAUGUUGGAACUCCCUAAGUUUGCCAGAGACUUGUGAUCAGUACAAGGAGGAUUGUGAUGUGCUGUUGCAACUAACAUUGUAGGCAUAUUUAAAAAACAAACUGUAUCACAAGAACAUAGCUGUUAAAUUUUGUUUUCCUGUGAUCAUUCAUACUGGAGCAUAUGUUGCAGCAGUUAAAUUUUCCAAAUUGAAAGUCAUAAUGAGACAACAACAUAAACUUUGUUGUUCAAAUGACUGGUGUGUUGUUCUUACUGAAACUUGAAUGUGAUGAUUUGUCUUAUGUACUACUCAUGUUUAAUAAAAUAUAAGUAAACUUUGAUUUGUGUUGAGAACUUGUCUGGAAGUAUGACAGUGCAGUGUGAUUUGUAUGCAUUAUUAAUAAUUUAAUAGCAGAGCCUCAUAUGUACACGGGUAUACCUCAUAACAGAAACUCCUUGUUUGUUAAUAUAAAACAGAUUUUAUAGCACUUUGCUUGGUAAAAUCUCCACCUGUUAUUUUUUAAUGUAAUGUAAUGUGUAAGGGAGCUAUUUUCUUACGCAUUACAAAUGCAACACAUCUUGACGCUUACUUGUCUCCAUAUGAUUCGUAUUUUAUUAGUGUAUCUUUUCCAGUUUUCAGUGAGCCAUUUGUAAUUAUAAUCUGUUACUCGCAAAUUCAUCUUCCUUAUCCAUUCUGAUGUAUCUUCUGUAACUGAUCCAGUUCUGAACUUCGAGGUACAAUGAACAAAAUUGUAAAAUAAAAUGAAUAGGAGGAAUACUCUUUAAUAAAACAGUAAAUCUUUUCUUGUUUCUUA